CUAGCAAAGCCUGCAAGUCAUCACAUUCCAUCAGAAACACCCAGAUGAAACCAGAUGAAAAAGCACUUCAACAAUACUCCUAAACUGCUGGGACUACUGAAUGCACAAACACAGCAAGAAAUCUUUAUUUGAAAUAUGGCUCAGAGUGACUUCCUCUUCCCAGAGAACCCAAGGAGGCGGCAGGAAGUAAAUCGUCUUCACCAGCAGCUCCUUGACUGCUUAUCUGACAGCUUCCAUGCCACCAAUAAACUUACUGGGGUUCUAAAUAAGCACUUGGGGUGCAGACUGGCCUCCAUUGAGAUGAAAAGAGAUGGAACCAUCAAAGAAAACUGUGAUAUCAUCAUCCAAGCCAUGACGAAAAUUCAAAAGGAAUUGCAAAAGGUUGAUGAAGCACUAAAAGAUAAACUAGAGCCAACCCUUUAUAGAAAACUUCAGGAUAUUAAGGAAAGGGAGACAGAGAAAAUUGCAAUAGUGCAAAAAGUUAUUUCAGUCAUCCUGGGAGAAGCCACUUCUGCAGCCAGUGCACUGGCUGUUAAACUCGUGGGCUCCAAUGUCACAACUGGCAUAAUUAACAAGUUGGUCACUGUGCUAGCUCAAAUUGGUGCCUCUCUCCUUGGUAGCAUUGGAGUUGCUGUUCUUGGCCUUGGCAUAGAUAUGAUCUUCCGUGCCAUCCUGGGAGCAGUGGAGAAAACACAGCUUCAAACAGCCAUCAGAAGUUAUGAAAAGCAUCUGAUGGAGUUCAAAUCAGCUUCCGAAAAAUAUCACCAUGCUAUCACUGAGGUCACCGACACAGUGGAGCGCCAAAUGAAAUGAUCAGGCAUUCUAUUUCUCACCGGAAUAUUUUUUUUGCUUCCCCCUCAAUAACGGUGUUUAGUUUCCCUGAUUAGGUUCAUUUUCCAUACAUUUCCAAAAGGGGUACAAAGAGAGUAAAUAGUUUGGAAAGUGGGGAUCAGAGAUGCUAAAACUAAAUGACAGUUUUUUGUUGUUGUUGUUUUUAUUAACAAUGAAUGCCUGGGUCAGCUGGUCCUAGAUUCUUCAAAGUAAAAGAUUAUGUAAAACCUUGCUCUACUUAAUUAACAUUGGGGUAAAUACUAUUGCAGAGCAGCAGGAGUAGGGUUACCCUUUCCUUUUCUAAUUCCCAGUCAAAAUUCUUUAAAUUUACAUUGACUGCAGAGAUUCUCAUUUCUAUCAUUAGCUUCAGCCAUCAUUUAGUUCUAAGGGGACAUACUUAGUCACUUCUGCCUAGACACAAGCUCUGGGCCUUCAAAAGGAGUCGAAAAACUACCACAUUUUCAAUCAUCAGAUCAAAUCCAAUUUUCUAGAAACUGGAAGAGACUGAAAAACGGUUUGCACCAAUUUGCUUCAAUGAUGAAAAGAAGCAAUUGUUCUAUAAUUGUCUAAUUACACACUGUAAUCUGGAUGGACUAAAAAUAUAAAGUUGAAAGUAAAAAAGAUAAAGGUCUGUUUCUAUCAUUGCAGUCAACUU